CUCUCUCUCUCUCUCUCUCUGUGCAAACCCAAGCUUGCAUUGUUAUAUAUACAGACUGCAGCCAAAGAUUGUGCUCUCAGCCAUUGAAUCCAACAUCUUAGCUUAGCUCGUUAUAGGCUUCAGGUUCAAGAUCUGAUCAGCUUCUACUAUAUAAUGGAGGGGUUGAAGUCAUUCUCAGAUGCUGCAGACUCCAAUCAACAACAAGAACAGCAGCUGCAGCAGCAGCAGCAUUUCCAUGUAUUGGCUGUAGAUGACAGUAUUAUAGAUAGGAAGCUAUUGGAGAGGCUCCUUAAAGGUUCUUCAUACACAGUGACUUGUGUGAACUCUGGGGAUGAAGCUCUUAAAUAUCUGGGUUUGCUUGAUCAUGAUGACUUAAAAUCUACUUAUUCAUCUUCAUCCACUACCUCAUUAUCUCAGCAGCAGUCAUCAGAACUACAGCAGGACUCAAAAGUCAUCAAUCUGAUCAUGACGGACUACUGUAUGCCCGGAAUGAGCGGAUAUGAUUUGCUGAAAAGGGUCAAGGUCAACCACGGAUCUUCUUGGAAAGAUAUACCAGUCGUAGUUAUGUCAUCAGAAAAUGUUCCUUCAAGAAUUAGCAUGUGCUUGGAAGAAGGGGCUGAGGAGUUUCUCUUAAAGCCACUUCAGAUAUCAGAUUUGAAGAAGCUUCGGCCUUACUUACUCAAAAGCCUUGACCAACCUUUUUGUAACAGCAGCACAGACAGUAGUAACAGUCUCUUAGUCGAGGAGAUUGGUGAUGACGAUCAUGAUGGCCAAAGAAAAAUCAGUGAGGAGAUCAAUAAGGGUAGCAUGAUGAAUAAUACUAUUGCAAGUAGUAUUAGUAAGAGGAAGGCAGUGUCAACUGAAACCUCGGAUAGAAUACCUAAGAUGAAAGGUUUAGUUGUAGCAUAGAAUAUAUAUAUAUAUAUAUAUAUAUAUAUAUAUUUAUAUAUGUAUGUAUGUAUGUAUAUAUAUGUACUAUUAAAUUAGUAAUGUUAUUGGUGUCCGCAUGGUUUAGUGGUAAUGUUAGUAUAUGUAUGUAUGUAUUUGUACGUUUGGCGGUAUAUAUAUGAUCGUAAUCAAGUUUAUGGUGGAGAAUACUAGCUCUUAAUAUUGCAGUAUGCAUAUUGUUGCAUUCUCUUAAUAUACAUCGAUCAGUACCUCUAUAAACUCUAGCUAUAUUAUAUAUAUAUAUAUAUAUAUAUCAAUUUAUAUAUUGGAUUGAUGCAUGGUUAGCUUCUGAGUGUAAUGAUCUUCUGCCAAGGUCAUUACCUUGUUUCAGUCUGAACUCUAAAGUUGAAGUCUUCGUUCACAGUAGAAUCAAUUACUCGAGUCGAGGCCGAAACAAAACGUCUUUGUAAUGUGAUGAAUUUACAAUUGU